AUGCCGCCUGGCUCUCCGAGCUUAGAUGACUUCGUCUUGAUGAAGGUCAUCGGCAAGGGCUCCUAUGGCAAGGUGAUGCUUGUACGGCACAAAGCCGAAGGAGAGGACCACGUCUACGCAAUGAAGAUGCUCCGAAAGGAGAACGUGAUAAAGCGCAACCAAGUGGAGCAUACGAAGACGGAGAGAAACGUCUUGGAGGCUGUAUCUCACCCCUUCAUCGUGACGCUCUAUUAUGCUUUUCAGACUCCAAAGAAGCUGUACUUCGUGCUUGAGUACUGCCCUGGAGGGGAGCUUUUCUUCCACCUGAGCCGGGCAGGUCGUUUCUCAGAAGGCCGCUGCAGGUUCUACACGUCUGAAAUUAUGCUGGCGAUUGAGUACUUGCAUAGGCUGAACAUCAUCUAUCGCGACUUGAAGCCGGAGAACAUCUUGCUAGAUGCUGAAGGUCACGUUAAACUUACAGACUUUGGCCUCAGCAAGGAAGGGAUUGAGGACAAUUUUUCAGCGAAAUCCAUGUGCGGUACUCCAGAGUACUUGGCACCAGAGAUUCUAGACAAGCGGGGCCACGGCAAGGCUGUCGAUUGGUACUCCUUGGGUGCACUUAUGUACGAAAUGCUCACCGGGCUGCCUCCGUUCUACACGCGAGACAGGGAUAAGCUCUUUGAGCGCAUUCGGCGGGGCGACCUGACGUACCCAUCGUACAUCACGUCCACUGCCAAAAACCUUCUGCAGCAGCUCCUCAUGGGAGAUCCUACCAAGAGACUCGGUGGUGGCUCCAAAGAUGGUGAGGAGGUGAAGCUUCACCCGUUCUUUUCGGGUCUUGACUGGAACGCCAUCCAGCAGAGAAGAGUAACGCCGCCAUUCAAGCCCAACAUUGCAGAGGGUGGCGACGUGAAGUAUUUCGACAAAGAGUUUGUGGAUCUUCCGGUCGUUAAUUCUGAAGUGGCGGACGGCGCCCACCUCCGCGAUGUUAACCACUUCGAGGCGCAAGAUUUGGCUCGCAUCGCCGUGCAGGCAUAA